CGUCGAUAUUAUCAAACGUUCUCCUAUCCAAAGAGUAAUCACAACUAGUUAACAUGCCUUAUAAACUAAACAAUACCGUUGCUUCCAUUCUAUCAGUACUAUUAAUUCCAAUCAAUACUGCAUACCAACAAUUAAGUGAUACACCAAUCGUCAGUGAAAUUCAGCCGAAAGAUUUUACUAUUAAAACAGUAACAAGUGUACCAUUAUUACGUCUAGUUGACUAUCUAUCAAAUCAAACACAAACCAAGGAAAUGAAAGUCAGAAACUUCUCAAUAUCAUCAGAUUCUUUAUACACUCAUAUAUAUUUUGCUUGGAAAGAAGCUAAUCAAUAUAUGUCUCCUAUUGCUUUGAGAAAUAACGGUAAAAUUGAUGAGAUUGUUGGUGCUAAUCUUGUUCUACCUGUUAAUAUUUUAAAAGAUAUGUAUGCACCUGGAUUAAUAGCAGAUAUAUUAGAUUUUGCAAUUAAUUGUUAUACAUGGGCUAAACCAAUAGGCAAUCAAAAAUCUUUCUCUAGUCCUACAGGAUACAUUUCUAUUUUAAGAGGAGCUGACAACGCAAAAAUUAAUCAAGAAUUAAUUAAAGAAACUACAAAAUAUUUUUUAAUUUCUUCUCAAACUGAUGCAUAUCAUUUUGUUUGGGAAAAUUCUUCACCAGAACAAGCAAAAUUCAUGGCAUCUUUAAAGUAUACUCAAAUUAUUUGCGGUGAUAAACAAACUAAAACAAACCCAUGUAACUGGGAACAACUUGGUAUGGAUAAAUCAUUUGCUAAACAACAAUGUCUUUAUAGAACAAUUAACAGUGAUUGAUAGAAAUAAUAAAUAAUUAAGUUUAUCAUAUCUUUAGUUUAUAUUUGUAUAUGCAGUUGUUCUGCUAUCUAUUUAAAAUAUUUACACCGUUUCAUUUAGCUUUACUGACCAAUUUCAAUAUGACCAUUUCUGUUUUGUUUUUAUUUGAUUAAAAAAAAUACAAUAUGAAACUGUUU